AUUUUGUUUCUUACCGAAUCACAUUAAAGGCGGGCCUUUUGCUCGUGCCGCGACGGAAAUGGUCAAUGCUGGCGCUGAACGAUGUAAACAAAUGCCUCUUAUGUUUCUCUGCCGUUAGUUAUUGAUUCUUUGAGGUUGCAUUUAUUUUUUUUGCCAAGGAAAGAAAACAUUGGACCUUCAGGAGCCGUUUCUAAGAGUGCGAGGAUGCCAUCAUUUUCCUGCUAGCCGCCAGUAUAUCGCUCACCAAAUCACAGGAUGCCUAAUGCCAGCGCCAAGCCUAAACAUGGCCGCCGGAACCGCAGGCGUCGCAGAGAGGACCCCGCCAGAAAUGAGCUGGUGUCAAGCUCGCUGGAAAGUGCCCAACAAUGUCUCUUCAACCAGGAUUACGGCACUGCCUUCGUGCACUACCUUUUGGUCCUCAAUCUUGCCCCAGUGUUCAAAGACCUGGCAAAGGACUCCUUCCGGUUCACUCUGUUCAAGUGGGCAGAGGAGCUGGACUCUGUUGGUCGCAUCCAGGACCUUUUUAACUGCUAUGAGCAAGCGCUUGAAAUCUUUCCAUCUGAUGAGGUCAUUCUAAACAGCAUGGGAGAGCAUCUCUUCAGAAUGGGAUUUCGGGAUGAAGCUGCUGGUCAUUUCCACAAAGCGCUGAAAAUCAAACCGGACUACCCGGAAGCCCGGGAGAACUUCUAUCGUGUGGCGAACUGGCUCGUGGAACGCUGGCACUUUCUCAUGCUCAACGACCACGGAAGGAACCGCAAGUACCAGCAGGCCAUCCACAAGGCCGUCCGAAGCGGCUGCAGCACUGUGCUUGACAUAGGUACUGGCACUGGGAUCCUGGGCAUGUGCGCUAAAAAGGCUGGGGCUGCCGAAGUGUACGCGUGUGAACUCUCAAAAACCAUGUACGACCUGGCCUGUGAGGUUUUGGCGGCAAAUGGGAUGAAAGGUCAGAUCAACAUACUGCACAAGAAGUCUUUAGAGAUGGAGGUUCCAAGGGACAUCCCACGCAGGGUUUCACUGGUGGUGACAGAGACUGUGGAUGCUGGCUUGUUUGGAGAAGGGAUCCUUGAAAGUCUCAUUCACGCCUGGCAUCACCUUCUUCUUCCUCCAAAGAGCGAGUCAGGUGAGGAGUGUGCGACGGGCCGGGUGAUCCCCGCUGGUGCCACCGUGUUCGCCAUGGCUGUGGAGAGUGAGGAGAUCCGGCGCCAUCACAGGCUUCGCACUGCCUCCCUCGGGGGUCUGUCCUUGGCAGCCGCCGGACACCUGCGAAGUCCCGUGAGCUGCAGCUUAGAGCCCGACGACUCCAUGGAGCCGUACACCACCGAGCGACUGAGCCGGCUACCGGGAGGUUUCAAAUCUCUGACCGAGCCGUUCACCGCCCUCCGCAUUGACUUCAACAACGUGCAGGAACUGGAGAGUCUGACCUCCAGGGAGGUGCAGAGGAUCCGACUGCCUGUCGUCCGGGCGGGUAAACUGGACGCCCUGGCUGUCUGGUUCCAGCUCCACCUGGACGAGGAGAACUCUCUGUCCACGGGUCCGCACGAGGACACCUGCUGGGAGCAAGCCAUCUACCCGGACCACAGCACCGAGGGGCUGAUCCUCCAACCACAGGACGAGCUCAUCGUGGAGGUUUCCUGCAAGGAUGCCUACCUGAGGCUGAGCAGCGUGGCUGUGGAGAGGAGUGGUCACAUGGUCCGUCAGGGUCCCCAGAGGCCUGAGGGUUCUGUUCCCAACCCGGAGGCGGAACUGUGCAGCGCCUUGGCGUGUUUGCAGACGGGUCAAAGCCCAGACUUCUGCGUGCUGGAGAGCUCUGAGGUGGCACUUCUCAACAACUGGGAUUACCAUCACAGGUUCAGGACUGCCCUCUCCAAGGUCACCUCCAGGCUGACCCCAGAGCCCGCUGGGGCCCAGCUCACGGACUCAGACCUUCUCUAUGUGCUGGACGUGUCGGAGGGCUUCUCUCUUCUGUCCCUCAUUGCUGCCAGCCUGGGUCCCGUCAAAGCCUUCAGUUCGGUGGAGAAGAUCAAGCAGCAGGAAGUUCUGAAAAGACUGGCCCAGUCCAAUAACAUCCCGGAGGAUCGGCUGGAGUUCUGGCUCAACAACAUGGAGGACGAGCAGGGGAGGCUCCAGAGGCCCUCGCAGGAGAAGCUGUGGAGCGCCAUCAUCCUGGACUGCGUGGAGACCUGCGGCCUGAUCCGGCAGAAGCUGAUGGAGAAGGCUUCUUUGGCGAGGUGUCUGUUGGAGGAGGGAGGAAGCGUCUUCCCACAGAAGAUGGUGGUGUGCGGGAUGCUGGUGGACUCCCAAAUGCUGCUGCAGGAAAGUGCCGUCCAGGGUCAGGAGCCCACUUUGGGAUUCAACAUCGCUCCGUUCAUCAACCAGUUCACGGUGCCGGUGCAUGUGUUCCUGGACUUCUCCACGCUGGAAUGUGAACGCCUCAGUGAGGCCGUGGAGCUUUUUGUCCUGGACCUCAUGAAUGUGACGGCAAACUACACCAACAGAGAGGUCAAGGUCCAGGCCACGUCUUCAGGCCGACUCACGGCCGUUCCCUUCUGGUACCAGAUCCACCUGGACGAAGAGAUCACCGUCAGCACUCUGGACCCCAAGUCUCACUGGAAGCAGGCGGCUGUGGUCCUGCAGCAGCCUCUGGAGCUCCGAGCCGGGGACUGGGUUCGGCUGUCAGUCAAGCUCCACAAGAGCACGCUGACCAUCGUGGCAGACAAAGACUCUCCUCCUGCUCCCAUGGAGUAGCAGCCUCCUUCAACUGUGGCUCCAUAUGUUUCCAAUCAAUAAAGAAAACGUGAAACUCAUUUUCAUUUGC